CCCGACGCUGCGGCUGUCAGCUCCAUUUUGUUGUUGGAGCCCGUCGCAGUAAGUUGGGCUUUUCCCGUUUUCACGUUGCAAACUUCGUCUCCUUUGGCUUGGACUCUCUGGCCUGGACGGUAAGACGCAGGAGGAAGCGGGAUGAGGCACUCAAAAAGAACUUACUGUCCUGAUUGGGAUGAAAAAGAUUGGGACUGUGGAAAAUGGAGAAGCAGUAGCAGUCAUAAAAGAAAGAAGAGAUCACAUAGCAGUGCCCGGGAGAACAAGCGCUGCAAAUAUAAUCACUCUAAAACAUCUGAUAGCCAUUACUUGGAAAGCAGAUCCAUAAAUGAGAAAGAUUAUCAUAGUCGACGCUACAUUGAUGAAUACAGAAAUGACUACAGUCAAGGAUGUGAACCUGGACAUCGUCAUAGAGACCAUGAAAGCAGAUAUCAGAACCAUAGUAGCAAGUCUUCUGGGAGAAGUGGAAGAAGUAGUUAUAAAAGCAAACACAGGAUUCACCACAGUACUUCACAUCAUCGUUCACAUGGGAAGAGUCACCGAAGGAAAAGAACCAGGAGUGUAGAGGAUGAUGAGGAGGGUCACCUGAUCUGUCAGAGUGGAGACGUACUAAGUGCAAGAUAUGAAAUUGUUGAUACUUUAGGAGAAGGAGCUUUUGGAAAAGUCGUGGAGUGCAUUGAUCAUAAAGCAGGAGGUAGACAUGUAGCAGUAAAAAUAGUUAAAAAUGUGGAUAGAUACUGUGAAGCUGCUCGCUCAGAAAUACAAGUUCUGGAACACUUGAAUACAACAGACCCCAGUAGUACAUUCCGCUGUGUCCAGAUGUUGGAGUGGUUUGAGCAUCAUGGUCACAUUUGCAUUGUGUUUGAACUAUUAGGACUUAGUACUUAUGACUUCAUUAAGGAAAAUGGUUUUCUGCCAUUUCAUCUGGAUCAUAUCAGGAAGAUGGCAUAUCAGAUAUGCAAGUCAGUGAAUUUUCUGCACAAUAACAAGUUGACUCACACAGACUUAAAGCCUGAAAACAUCUUAUUUGUGCAGUCUGACUACACAGAAGCAUAUAAUCCCAAAAUGAAACGUGAUGAACGUACUUUAAUAAAUCCAGAUAUUAAAGUUGUAGACUUUGGAAGCGCAACAUAUGAUGAUGAACAUCACAGUACACUGGUAUCUACAAGGCAUUAUAGAGCACCUGAAGUUAUUUUAGCCUUAGGAUGGUCCCAGCCAUGUGAUGUCUGGAGUAUAGGUUGUAUUCUUAUUGAAUACUACCUUGGGUUUACAGUAUUUCCAACACAUGAUAGUAAGGAGCAUUUGGCAAUGAUGGAAAGGAUUCUUGGACCUUUACCAAAACAUAUGAUACAGAAAACCAGGAAACGUAAAUAUUUCCAUCAUGAUCGAUUAGACUGGGAUGAACACAGUUCUGCCGGCAGAUACGUUUCAAGGCGCUGUAAACCUCUGAAGGAAUUUAUGCUCUCUCAGGAUGCUGAACAUGAGCUUCUCUUUGAUCUCAUUGAGAAAAUGUUGGAGUAUGAUCCAGCUAAAAGGAUUACUCUCAAAGAAGCCUUAAAGCAUCCCUUCUUUUACCCCCUAAAAAAAGCUACAUAGAUCUAUAGUUCUCUUGAAGAUACUUUAUGGACUGUAUCAGUCUAAUUUUUAAAUAAGUUAUUUUGUAUAGCUUUUGUAAAAUUCUUACAUUUUUGUAUUGCUGUUUAUUUUGCUUGGAUAAUUUAAGUAAAUUGCUAAAGUAACGAACAUUUUUUUCCAGUAAUUACUGUAUAAAAUGAUUUAUUUAGAAUAAACUUUUUGUGCUUAUGA